GGCUCACCCGAUAAAGUCUGACAAAUUAUUGGUUGCUAUUGUGAAUCAUACAAAUUGUAAGACGGCAUAGUGUUAUAAAGUGUUAUAAAGUGUAAAUGCUACAAAAUUUUGUAGUUUUUUUUUUGAGAAAUAAGUUUAACAGUGUCAUUUUUGUGUGCUUUUAUUUUAUUCUCACGACGCUUUAAUGGAUCACUACCAGCAAACUUAUUCAUUUUGUAUGUACUGCUUAGAAAUGUUUCCAUCUGAUGCUAUCGAGCAUCAUAUGCACAACGACUGCGCGGGGUACAGGUUGGCAAUGGAAACAAACAUACUGCCCGUUUGGAUUCCUUCCCAGGUCAAUAACAUUGAAAAUCCGACACCACAUGGUGUAAGUUUAGGUACUGAAUCGAAUUUUGAAGAAGGACAAAAUGAAAAUGUUAGUUACAUACAAAACAUUAUCAUGGACAGCCAUCAGCCAUCGAAUGACGAUGUGUCAAGCACUGAACCAACUAGUGAAGAACCACAAAAUGAAAACGACACUUAUCCACAAGAAAAUAUCAUGGACUGCGAUCAGCCAUCGAAUGACGAUGUUUCAAGCACUGAACAGAAUUAUGAAGAGCCACAAAAUGAAAAUGACACUUAUUCACAAGAAAAUAUCAUAGAGUGUUAUCAACCAUCGUGCAUUGGAGGUUUAAGUCCUGGACCGAAUAGAGAAGAACCACAAAAUGAAAACGUCACUUAUCCGCAAAAAAAUAUGGACUUCCAUCAGCCAUCGAAUGACGAUGUUUCAAGCACUGAACCGAAUAGUGAAGAACCACAAAAUGAACAUGAAGCAUAUCCGCAAGACAAUAUUACGAACUUCCAUCAGAUACCACAUGGCGUAAGUUUCAUUACUGGAUCGAAUUUUGAUGAACCACAAUAUCAAAAUGUUAUUUACCUACAAAACAUUAUAAUGGACUGCUAUCAGCCAUCAUACAGUAGAGGGUUGAGCACUGAACCGACUAGUGAAGAACCGCAAAAUCAAAACGACACUUAUCAACAAGAAAAUAUCAUGGACUGCCAUCAGCCACCCAAUGACGAUGUUUCGAGCACUGUAACGAAUAGUGAAGAACCAGAAAAUGAAAUCGUCACUUACCCACAUGUAAAUAUCAUGGACUGCGAUCAGCCAUCGAAUGACGAUGUUUCAAGCACUGAACCGAAUUAUGAAGAACCACAAAAUGAAAAUGACACUUAUUCACAAGAAAAUAUCUUCGACUGCAAUCAACCAUCGUGCAGUGGAGGUUUAAGCCCUGAAUCGAAUAGUGAAGAACCACAAAAUGAAAUCGAAACAUAUUCGCAAGACAAUAUUACGAACUUCCAUCAGACGCCACAUAGCGUAAGAUUAAUUACUGGAUCAAAUUUUGAAGAACCACAAAAUGAAAAAAUUUUUUUCAUACAAAACCUUAUCAUGGACUGCUAUCAGCCAUCGUACAGUGAAGGUUUAAGCACUGAACCAACAAGUGAAGAACCACAAAAUGAAAAUGAAAACGUCACUUAUCCACAAGAAAAUAUCAUGGACUGCCUUCAACCAUCGAAUGACGAUGUUUCAAGUACUGAACCGAUUUAUGAAGAACCACAAAAUGAAAAUGACACUUAUUCACAAGAAAAUAUCAUAGACUGUCAUCAACCAUCAUGCAGUGGAGGAUUAAGCACUGAACCGACUAGUGAAGAACCACAAAAUAAAAACGAAAUUUAUCCGCAAGACGAUAUUACGAACUUUUAUCGGACAUCGAUUGACGACGUUUCAAGCACCGAAUCGAAUAGUGAAGAUUCACAAGAUGAAAAUGAUCUUUACAUACAAAACAUUAUCAUGGACUGCUAUCAGCCAUCGUACUGUGGAGGUUUAAGCACUGAACCAACUAGUGAAGAACCACAAAAUGAAAACGAUACUUAUCCACAAGACAAUAUCGUCGACUUCAAUCAGCCAUCGUGCAGUGGUGGUUUAAGCACUGAACCGACUAGUGAAGAACCACAAGAGGAAAUGGACGGCAAUUACGUUUGCAACGAUUGCAGUAAUAGAUACGGUAAAAAAUGCUGUCUGAUCUGGCACAUCCAAACAUCUCAUCUGGCUCAUUAUCUGAGGCUUUUUAGUUGUGACGAACACCAGUUGUUAUUCAUCAAUGAAAGAUCUUUGAGGAAACACGCGAAAACAGAUCACAGGAAAAGAAAAAACAACAUGGACAAAAAUCCGCCCGCACAAACGAGUCGUAUGGUUCCCAAAGGUUUUCCAUGCAAUAUGUGCGAAAGUAGGUUUAAUGAUAAAAAAGGAUUGAGGGAUCACGUCUAUUAUGUUCAUAAUUCAAUAAAGUAUACUUGUGCAUUGUGUUGGAAGAAAUGUAAAAAAAGUUCUGCUUUAAAUCUUCAUCUUAAAGAAGUUCAUUCAAAAGAAAAAUUUUUCAUAUGCGAAGUAGAAAAUUGCUGGCAAACUUUCUCGACAGAAUAUCGAUUGAAGCGCCAUUUUAUACUAGUUCAUGCACCAAAAAACCACGAGUGCAAUGAAUGCAAAGCAGCGUUCCGGACAAGCUUUAAAUUAGCCAAACAUCGUGAAGCAGUUCACAGAGAACAAGACCACGUGUGUGACGUAUGCGGAAAAAAGUUCACGACAGAUCGUCGAAUGAAACAACAUCGCAGUAGAUGUCACGUACACGAAUGCAGCGUGUGCGGAAACGUCUUCACGGAGAUUGGCUCUUGGAGGCUUCAUCAGCUGACUCACGCACGGCAAUAAGACCGAAUCGCGACAAUUGCAUGAAAACGUUCUAUUUCAAGGAGAGCUUGGCGUAUCAUUGUAAAAAAUUCCACUCGCGAUCGUUCAAAUGCGACAAUUGUGAUGAAAAAUUUUGGCAGCAUGGACUUAUCAUCUCACAUGAAAGAGUUUCACAAAAGAUAAAAAAAUAUAGCAUCGAUGUCACAAACAAUAAAAAAAUCAGGGUUCAGAAUGUAUCGAAAGUCAGUUCACAAAUGACGCAAACACUUAAAUACGUGUGAUAAGCAUAGUUAAGGGGGAGGGGAGGGGGGCAUCUUGCAUUUGUAAAGCAACUUGAUGAAAAUCAUCGUUCAUUAAGUGCUGGACCUGUCUGAUGUGUCUGAAAAGCAUGAAUGUAUAUGUCGUCUGUCAAAAUGAAAUAAAAAAAAUUGUUACAUAUAAUAUCAAUCAGUAGGUUAUCGUAUAAAUUAUGUAUGUAUUAUCGCAACA